CGUUCUCUCUUUUUGAGUCUUUACAAGGGAACUACUCGCAUAUGGUUAUAUAGAUCUAACCAAAGCCACAGCUGAUAUCACACACACUGAAGCUUUGUAAGUUUCCAAUGGCUUCCAUAACCUCUGAAAUAGCUUCUUCUUCUUCAUUGCCCAAAUGGGAGUAUGAUGUUUUCCUCAGUUUCAGAGGUGAGGACACCCGUAAUAACUUCACAGACCAUUUAUAUGCUGCCUUGGAUCAAAAAGGAAUUAAGACCUUUAGAGACAAUGAAAGACUUGAGAGAGGACAACCCAUUUCCACGGAGCUCUUGAAUGCUAUAGAAAAGUCGAAGUUCGCAAUCAUUGUUCUAUCAAGAAACUAUGCGUCCUCGUCUUGGUGCUUAGAUGAACUUGUAAAGAUGGUUGAGUGCAAGGAAGAGACUAGGCUAACAGUUUUGCCUGUUUUUUAUGGUGUGGAUCCCUCUGAUGUACGAAAACAAACGGGCAGUUUUGCAGAGGCCUUUGCUAAACAUGAAGAUCUUAUCAAGAACGAAGAGAAGUUGCGAUCAUGGAGAGCUGCUUUGAGUCAAGUUGCCAAUCUCUCUGGAUGGGAUGCACGAAAUAAGCAAGAGUCAACAAUUAUCAAAGAGAUCAUCAGAGAAAUACUUGGUGACUUGAAUUCUUCCUACUCAUAUGUACACAAGGAUCUAGUUGGAAUAAAAUCUCGUGUUGAGGAAAUGGAGGAUUUAUGUUCAAGUAUGGGGUUGAAUGAUGUUCGCUUCAUAGGGAUUUGGGGAAUGGGUGGAGUUGGUAAAACAACUCUAGCACAAGUCCUUUAUGACAAAAUUCAUUCUCAUUUUGAUGGCGGCAGCUUUCUUGCAAAUGUUAGAGAAAAAAGUGGAAACGGGGGAUUAGUUACUUUACAAAAACAACUUCUUUCUGAUGUCUUGUUUGAAAGCAAUAUUGAUAUUUUGGAUGCUCAGCAGGGAAUCAAUGUGAUAAUGAAUAGAUUAUGUUGUAAAAGGGUUCUUGUAAUUAUUGAUGAUGUGGAUCAACUUAUACAGUUAGAAGCAUUAGUAGGCAAGCGGAGUUGGUUUAGUCAAGGGAGUGUGAUCAUUAUGACAACUAGAGAUCAACAUCUAUUACUCAGACAUGAAGUUGCUGAAGAGGAAAUAUACGAGGCUACAUUAUUAAAUGAUGAUGAAGCUCUAAAACUUUUUAGUCUAAAAGCUUUCAAGCAAGACUAUCCUUCAGAAGGUUAUGAGUUGCCAUCUCAAAAGGUUAUACAUUAUGCUCAAGGCCUUCCUUUAGCUCUCGAAAUUUUAGGUUCCUUCCUGUUUCAUAGAAAUCUAGAUGCAUGGGAAAGUCUCUUAGGUAGACUACGAGAAUGUCCUGAAAGUAAAAUUUUAGAUGUGCUCCAAAUAAGUUUUGAUGGUCUAAGGAGAACAGAGAAAAAAAUAUUUUUAGAUAUUGCUUGUUUCUUCAAAGGAAUGACUAAAGAUCGUGUAGCAAACAUACUACGAAUUCCCCAUUAUAAGCCAAACAUUGAUAUAGAUGUUCUCGUGGAAAAAUCUCUUAUAACCAUCUCUAAUGGAAAAUUGUGGAUGCAUGAUUUGCUACAAGAAUUGGGUAAGGAAAUUGUUCGUUGUGAAUCUCUUGACGAGCCUGGUGGACGCAGUAGGUUGUGGUUGAAAGAGGAUAUCCUUCAUGUACUAAUAGAUAAUGCAGGAACAGAAAAGGUUGAAGGCAUCUCAAAGAUGAGAAAUCUAAGAUUGCUUAAAGAGGAUAAUGUUAAAGUCAAUUUUGAAGCCUUCUCAAAGAUGAGAAACCUAAGAUUGCUUAAUAUUGAUAAUGUGCACCUUCCUCAAGGCCUCAGUUUUCUUUCAAGUGAGUUACGUCUUAUGAAUUGGCUUGGAUAUCCUUUAAAAUUCAUGCCAAGAAAUUUCCAUCCCAACAAACUUGUUGAACUCAUAAUGCCUCAUAGCCACAUCAAACAACUAUGGGAGGGAGUUUGGAGUUUAGAGUGGCUAAGAAUCAUUGAUCUCAGUGAUUCUAGAGAGUUGAUCAUGACCCUGGAUUUUGCUAGAGUCCCAAAUCUUGAGAAGCUAAUUCUCAAAGGUUGCACAAAAUUAUCUAAGAUUCACGCAUCCCUUGGAGAUCUCAAACAUCUUAUUUUAUUGGAUUUGAAUGGCUGCACAUGUCUUAAAAGACUUCCAAGCAAGAUUAACUUGGAAUCUCUUGAAAUUUUUGUUCUUUCAAGUUGUUCAAAGCUGAAGAAGUUUCCCGAAAUUGUGGGGAAUAUGUCAUGUUUGCUAGAACUUUAUUUGGAUGGAACUGCUAUAGAAGAUCUACCAUUAUCAAUGGAGCAGUUAACUGGGCUUAUCAAAUUGGAUCUAACAAAUUGCAAAAAUCUUUCAAGUCUUCCUGGGGCCACUUGUAGUUUGACAUCUCUAAAAACUCUCACUCUAUCUGGUUGCUUAAAACUUGACAAUAUGCCAAUGAAUUUGGGGAAUCUAGAAAGCUUAGAGGAACUAGAUGUGAGUGGAACUGCUAUAAGAGAACCACCUUCCUCCAUCUUUUGCUUAAAAAAUCUCAAAAUACUAUCUUUCCAAGGAUGUAAUGGGCUGUCAUCUAAAUCAUGGUCAUGGAAGAAGCCGCUUAAUUUUCUAUUAAUGACAAAAACUCCAGAUCUCAUGGGCUUGGUAUUGCCUUCUGUUUCAGGUUUGUGUUCAUUAACUAGAUUGAAUAUAAGGAACUGCAAUCUUCAAGCAAUCCCUAGUGAUAUCGGUUGUUUGUCCUUAUUACAAGAAUUAGAUCUAAGUGGAAAUAAUUUUGUUUUCAUUCCUGAAAGCAUUAAUCAACUAUUUAAGUUGAAAAGAUUUUGGGUGGAGAAUUGCAAGAGUCUUCAAUUGUUGCCGGAGCUUCGAUUGAGUCCCUGCAUUGACGUUUGGGCAAAUGGAUGUACCUCAUUGGAAUCUUUACUACCAUUUAAAAUGAAAGAUAAUUCACAAAUUUUUUUCUAUCUUCUCAAUUGUUUCCAAUUGGUUGACAAUCAAGGCCGCUGUGACUUGUUCACUACAAUGCUAAGAGAAUAUUUUCAGGAAUCAACUAUAAAAGAAAGAUUUGAUGUUGUUAUUCCUGGAAGUGAAGUUCCGAACUGGUUUAGGCAUCAAAGUGUGGGGGCUUCAAUAAAUCCGGAAGUGCCUUCAUAUUCAUUUAAACAAUUUAGAGGAAUUGCUCUCUGUGUUGUUUUUGGACCCCACCAGCAUCGUCCACCCAACAAUCUUGCUUAUCCACUUUACCUUUCGUGUCACUUUAAAGCCAAUGGAAAAGGCUUCAGGGAUUGUCCACUCCUAAGAUCUUCAGAAGAGUUUGAUACGGUUGAAUCGGAUCAUCGUUGGUUCAUGUAUUUGCUCCCUAAUUUUUUUAUCAAUUUAAACUCAAAAGAAUUUCUUCAAAUUGCUGAUGGAUCCAGCUGUCAACUUGAGAUUGAAUUCAGAUCUUGGAAUCGGAGUAUAGAGAUAAAGAAAUGUGGGGCCCAUAUGGUAUACGAGGAAGAAAUGGAAGAUCUGAAACAAAGCAUGGGUCAGAGUGAGUGCAGCAGCAACAUCAUUCCUUAUAAUGAGGGUGUAGAUGUUGAUCAUUUUGAAGAGGAUAUCAAAAUUAAGCGAAGUCAUGAUGAUGAGAAUGGAGCUAGUGGAGAAGGUAGCUCUAGUCACAUACCACACCCUAAGACUAAGAGAGUACGACCCUCUGAUGGUGAGUGAGGACUCUCACUCAGAAAUCAAAUGGUGGCUUUCAGGAAUCUGGACCCUCUUUAUUUGAACUCUUUGCUGUUCAUAUGUGAGACUAGUAAAGAAGGACAAUCAUACCUUUUGGAAUUGGAUGAGCAUCAAG